UUAUAUAAGAGCGGAGGAGGGACACAGCCUCAUUGUGCGCACCUGUCGGCUUGCUCAUAGUUUGAAGCAAAUUUCAUUCUCUGUGGUAUCAUUUCUGAUUACAGUUUUCUCUCCAUCAUGAAGUGGACGAUCAUAAGAUUCUGCAUGUUGGCUCUGCUGGCCUCCCAGGCUCAGAGUAACGUGACAACGACUGUGACAAUCGACUUGGCAACAGCUCAUAAUACUUCAGUUGCAUGGACAAAUUCAACAACUGUCAAGAUUUCAACUACAACUCAACCACCUGUUCCAACAACCAAUCUUACUUUACCCACAAUAACGAGCAAGAAUACUCCAGGUUCAACUCAAGCCAAUGGGACGACUUUGCAGCAAAAUGUGACAACUGCAUCAGGUCAGCCAAACACAACGUCUCCAUCUCCAAAGUCCACCAUGAGUCAAACACCUGGUUUUUCAAGCAGAAAUACAGAUUCGACCACAUUCACAAAUUCCUCAACUACAGUGAAUGCCACUAUGACAACAGUAGGACAGACCACAAUUGGGACAACUAAGUCAUCCAGCGACUCACUGACAGUUACCAUCAUCAACUAUAUUCUGCCCGUCCUGCUGUACAAGAUGUUGAAUUGAGCAUUAUUUGAUUCAGUCCUGGAUUAAAUCUAAUUUGGAAUGUUUUGUAAAGUACUGUAGAAUAAUAGAAUAUAAGUAAUAUAUAAAAGUACAGACUAUAUGUAUCUAGUGAGCAUGUAACUGACUAUUACAUUUACAGUAGCAUAAGCCAAAACUGAACAUCAGAUAAUAAUAUUAUUGAUUGAAUGUUUGUUAUGAUUGCACACACCUGCUUGAUGCAUCACAAAUGAGGACUUCCUCAAAAAGCACGUAAGAUUUCAAAUGAAAAAUGCAUAAUUUAAAAUAAUGUCUGAAAUAAAGAAGAAGAAAAAAUGAUC